AGUAUGCUUUUUGUUCCUUUUGCCAUUUUAAAUUAUGUUUUCUUUACUUAGUUAGGUUGCACUGGCAACCAUAUUUGAUUGCUAAGUAAAAAUAGUUUAACGACUAACCAUGUGACCUCCCCCCAUCUGCCCCCUAGACAGAGUAUUGUGAGGAUUCAUUUGAAUUGGCUAGUUUUACAUUGGCUGUCAGCCUAUUGCAACCCUCCUCUUUUACCCGAGAUCACCCAGGCAGAGUAAUCCCCCGUAAACAAAGUAAAAUCAUAAAGUUGAAACUCUUUCACCAACACGGUUCUUAUCAUAAAAAAAGUGGAUAUUUCGGGCCAUAGCUCACAUUAUGUCAAUGCUUGUUGAUGUUGUUUCCUAUUUCUUCAAGUGCAUUCUCAUGAGCCGUGCACUUACUUGAAAUGGUUUCUUACUUCGGAAACUGUACAAUCAUGUUGUUCUUGAGGCAGGCUGCAAAAAUUCUUGCUAAUUUAAUUGUAAUGGGCUCUUCUAUAUUGGCAAGGGCUUUUGUUCAAGCAUAUCGUCAGGCAUUGGCCAAUGCCUCGAAGAAUGGUGUUGCUCAAGAAGCAGUGCAGAAUAUUAAAAGAGCUAAUAAAACUAUGAUGGAAGCAGAGGCAAGACAGAUACUUGCUGUCACGGAGAAUUCGUCAUGGGAAGAAAUUGUUCAGAAGUAUGACAACUUGUCUGAGCGAAAUGCUAAAAAUGGAAGUUUUUACCUUCAAUCAAAGGUACAUAGAGCUAAAGAGUGUUUGGAAGCAGUUUACAAACCUAAAGAACCAGAAACAAAAUAAGGAAACUUGUGCUGAUGAUUUUGU